UUAUGGCUUCUAAUGUUGGCAAGAAGCUCAUCAACUCCAAGGAACGAUGCGUGGAUGAGUCACUAGAGGGCACUGCUGCAAGCCACCCAGGCCUGCGCCUGCUGUCGGGCCAUCGGGUCAUGGUGCGAGAGGACGUGGCGUCAGUGCGGGCAGCGGGGAAGGUCACACUACUGUCUGGUGGGGGGUCGGGGCAUGAACCCGCACAUGCAGGUUACAUCGGUGCAGGAAUGCUGACUGGGGCCAUCGCAGGUUCUGUGUUCACCUCUCCUCCUCCUGCAGACAUACUGGCUGCUAUCAGGGCUGUGGGACAGGGGAACCCAGCUGGCACACUACUGAUAGUGAAGAACUACACCGGGGACCGGUUGAAUUUUGGCAUGUCGUUGGAGAGAGCCCGUUCGGAGGGUCUCCAUGUGGACAUGUUGGUGGUCGGAGAGGACUGUGCCCUCACCAGCCAUGACAAGACAGCUGGAAGAAGGGGUCUAGCUGGGACUGUCUUCAUCCACAAGAUAGCAGGAGCCUUGGCUGAGCAGGGACGAUCACUGGAGGACAUCGUCAAGGUGGCUUCUCAGGCGGCAAGUCAGAUGGGCACCAUUGGGAUCAGCCUGUCCCCCUGCAGUGUUCCAGGAUCAGGGCCUUCCUUCCAACUCCAGCAGGAUGAGUUUGAGUUGGGACUUGGUAUACAUGGCGAGGCUGGCUGUAGGAGGCAGAAGGUGGGUACACUGGUUUUCUGCCACGUUGAUGUUGUUUUAUUUCCUACAUAUACAUAAUCAUGUGUACACCAUUCAUGCUUUACUUAUCUCAA